AAUUGAAAAUGAAAAAUCCACUGUAUUUCCUUUUCUGGCUAAUUGUCUUGCUCUGGCUGUCGUUCUUUGUGGCCUUUUUCGGGGCCUUCUUCUAUAUCUGGACUUAUAUGUUCUCUCAAUGCGGUGACUGCUGCGAAGGUAUUGCUACAUUUUUCCUGAAGUGCGUUCAGUUUCCCGGAUACUGUGCUGCAGGUAUGAUGCAGUGCAAGAAACCGUGCUAGAAACCGACGAAGAUGCCAAGGGAUGGCCCCCGCAGCACGGCUUGGGCCGCUUGUUGGGCAGAUAACAAGUUAUUAAUUGAUACAUUAUUACAAGUUUUGAAUAAUAAACCUCAAAAUCUUUCGUCACUAA